CAUCUACGCGUCGGAUCCACCGAUGAUGAUUCCAUCAACAUUACAUUUAGCGGGAAGCUUAGCAGUUUAAGCGGAAACCUCGGAAACCAUGGCGGAAGCACGAGAAUGAAAGGUCUCUUCAAGAACAAAUCACGUCUUCCUGGUGAAAUCGUUCGUCAGACUCGAGAUCUCAUUGUUUUAGCCGAAUCCGAAGAAGAAAUCGAUUCGAGAAACUCGAAAAGGUUAGGGAUUUGUGCGGAAUUGUGUCGAAACAUUAGUGAUUUGAAAUCGAUUCUUUAUGGUAAUAGUGAAGCUGAGCCUGUUCCUGAAGCUUGUCUUAUGUUAACUCAAGAGUUUUUUCGAGAAGAUACGCUUCGUCCUUUGAUCAAAUCUAUUCCAAAACUUGAUCUAGAAGCAAGAAAAGACGCGACACAGAUCGUUGCGAAUUUGCAGAAGCAACAAGUCGAAUCUCGACUCGUUGCUUCUGAAUAUCUCGAAUCGAAUUUAGAUGUGAUCGAUUCGUUAGUCGAAGGAAUCGAUCAUGAUCACGAGUUGGCGUUGCAUUAUACAGGAAUGCUUAAAGAAUGUGUGCGGCAUCAGGUUGUUGCCAAGUACAUACUCGAAUCGAAGAAUUUGGAGAAGUUUUUCGAAUAUGUUCAGCUUCCGUAUUUCGAUGUAGCUACGGAUGCUAGCAAAAUCUUUAGGGAGCUUUUGACGAGGCAUAAAUCGACUGUAGCUGAGUAUCUUGCCAAGAACUACGAAUGGUUUUUCGCAGAGUAUAACACGAAGUUGUUGGAGAAAGGAAGCUACUUUACGAAGAGACAAGCUUCGAAAUUGCUUGGAGAUGUGUUGAUGGAUCGUUCGAAUUCAGGUGUGAUGGUUAAGUAUGUGAGCAGUUUGGAUAAUUUGAGAAUCAUGAUGAAUCUUUUAAGAGAACCAACCAAGAACAUUCAGUUAGAAGCUUUUCAUAUCUUCAAGCUCUUUGUGGCGAACGAGAACAAACCAGAGGACAUUGUGGCGAUUCUCGUGGCGAAUCGAACCAAGAUUCUUCGUUUGUUUGCUGAUUUGAAAGCUGAGAAAGAAGAUGUAGGUUUUGAAACUGACAAAUCAUUGGUUAUGAAUGAGAUUGCUACACUUUCUCUUCUCGAUAUCAAAACCGCAGAUCGAUAAAACCGUUUGUACACGUAUUUUUGUUGUUUCGUCGUGUUUUGUUUUGUAACCAUUUGGAUUUGGAUUGAUAACUUUAACAAUUAGCA